UUAUAUGUCUUUUAACGGAGUAGUAAUGACAAACGAGGAAGACGGAAAUCCUCAGUUUUACAUGUGUAACUGUUUCACAACUGAAAAUAUUUUCCUGGAGGACUACAAGCUCCAUGUCCGCUUUGUGUCCGAGCAGCAGUUCAGACUGGACUACCAGGCGCUGCUCAGGGAGCUUGGCUGCGUGACGGAGCAACAGUUUGAGGAUGUGCUCAACAAGAUUUCACAGGAAGUGGACAGGCGAAGACGUCUUGGCGUGACGUCUGCUGAGAGGGCCGCUGCUAUAAGAGCCGUGUACCAGCCUCUCCAUCCUCAUGUCUACCACCUGCAGGAGUCCUACCUCGCACCAAAGUUCAAGCAGAUCGUUGAGCACAGUCGAAGCGGGGACGCCGGCGACGGAGCUCUCUCAGACUUGUUGGAGGAAGAGGCAGCAAGGGUGUAUCGCUUCCCUGUGUUUGAGAGAAGCUUCUGUGAGGAGCUGGUGGAGGAGCUGGAGCACUUUGAGCAGUCCUCCGCCCCUAAAGGAAGACCCAACACCAUGAACCAUUAUGGGAUCCUCCUGAAUGAACUGGGCUUUGACGAGGGCUUCAUCACGCCCCUCCGUGAGCACUACCUGCGUCCGCUCACCUCCCUGCUGUACCCGGACUGUGGGGGGCGCCAUCUGGACAGCCACAAGGCCUUCGUUGUUAAAUAUGACAUGAAGGAAGACCUGGACCUGAGCUACCACUACGACAACGCGGAGGUCACGCUUAACGUCUCCCUGGGCAAGGACUUCACAGAGGGAAACCUCUAUUUUGGAGACAUGAAGGAGGUGCCUUUAAGUGAGACGGAGUGUUCAGAGGUUGAACACAGGGUGACAGAGGGCCUCCUCCACCGGGGCCAACACAUGCACGGGGCCCUGCCCAUCUCCUCCGGCCAGCGCUGGAACCUCAUCAUCUGGAUGAGGGCCUCACAGGAGCGCAACAAACUGUGCCCCAUGUGCAACCGGAGGCCGGCGCUGGUGGAAGGAGAGGGCUUCGCCGACGGGUUCACCAAACACUCCGAUGCACCGCCGAACGCUUCUUGUCUGCUGACGUGAUGCGUCCCGCUGCUGUCGGCUUUGAAUUAAGCCACUGAAAGUAGUGACUUCGCUGUCCCCAGGUGGUCAUGUCAGUGUCAGAAAAGCCACGGCGGCACACGGCAGCGCGCGCUGCUACCUCUGAUGGAUGCUGAGAGAACGAAUUAUGUAGCAAAUGAUUUAUUCCUUUUUCUGUCUGUGAUGCGGUUGAAUAGACAGAUGUGCUGCAGUUUAAUCGAGUUAGUUAAUCAGGACUACACUGGGUGACUGUGGAUUGCCAUUACAUGGAAUUAAUUAUGACACUUUUUGACUGUAUUCCAAAUUGGAAUGAUGAAUAUUCAUUAUUUGUAUAAUCAACAAUAGUAGUAGUGCUUUAAAUCAGUGUUUCACACAUUCAGUGUCACACUUUGUCAGAGUAUAUUUAGGACUUUGUCUAAAAUAUAAGCCCUCAUCUUUACAUACAGUGCAAUUGUAUUGUACUUUGUGCCAAAGAUUUUAAUGUGUGUUUAAGAACUUGAAGAUACACCACUCUGUCUGUCUGUCAUUAUUAAUAGUCAGGGCUACUCUAACACUUUCUCAGAGGACGCACGAAGCAUUUUGGUGAGAAGCAGUGAACGUAAACAUAACGUGUUUGUUUUUAAGUAACCCGAUUCACUUCAUAAGGUCAGUUUCAGCACCAGCGAAUCAGAUCACUGCAUCUCUACAUCCAGUACAGCGACUUUCUCCACGAUGGCUUCUCUGUCAGUGACUGUUGACAUCUGUCUGUUCAUAAAUCCAGAAGUCAAACUGGUCCUCUGCAGGUAUAAUGUGCUUGUUUUUGUGAUAUUUCUCACCGGCUGGCUGCAAUCUGGUGUUUUCCAGAUCAAACCACUGAUUUCUUUGUUAUGCUAUAAAUUAGAGGGAUGUUCAACACAAGACACGGCACACAAUCUGGAAUAAUGGAAUUUUAAUUACAUAAAUUAUAUCUGUCAAGUCAUGAAUGAACAUCGUGCGUGCAUUUGUUAUGAUUGUCAUAUGCAUGAAGUGGUGCGGUGGAAGUUAAUUAUGUUCUUUGACAGUAAAAACACAA